UCAGCCUGCAUGGGAACCUAAGCCAUCGAGAAUGCUCAUGAUGCAGUUGACGGAUGGCACAAGUGUUGUACAGGGGAUGGAGUACCGAGUGAUUCCAGCACUGAACCAUAACCUGAAGCCUGGUACAAAGAUUCUCAUUUCGGGAAACAUUACCUCAAGGCACGGGGUACUUCUGCUAACCCGUGAGAACAUGACUGUGUUAGGUGGAGAGGUAGAGUCCUUACUCGUAACAAAUGCUCGAAAUGUUCUUGCUCGAAAACUUGGCAUGGAAGAGACACAGCAGCCACAACAGUUUGAGGAUGUAGCCCCCACCCAAGUUCCUCCAAGCCAAGCCUCUCAGUACUAUCCAUCGCAGUUAAAUCCUACAAUAAACCGGUCCCAAAACAACAGGGUUGGAGGACUUCAAACUGUGGCAGUCAACAGGUCACAGAAUAAUGUUACUGUACCAGCAAAUGACUUGGAUGACCUGGGUGAUGAUGAUUUCCUUGAUGCUGAAUUUGAGGCAGCCUUAAGUCAGAUAGAGAGCCAGGCAUCAUCUUCAGGUAGUCAGAAUGGACAUAUGAGGACUAACAGUAAUAAUCAGAGAGAUGCUGGGCAUAACAGAAACAAUGCUAAUGCAAGAACAGCGAAUGCUCAGGCUGGAAAUAGAAACUCAGGUGUUGAUGAAGACUUUGAGAUGGAUGUUGAUGAUUCUUUCUUCAAUGAUGAUUUUGAUGAAGAGGUCGUCCUGGCAUCUGGGAGACAGGCAAAGCAGCAGUCUACAUCUAAACCAUCCUCAAGUGGGUCUUCUCAGCAGAACUCAUUUCAGACAGCUUCUUCAAACCCUUUCACUGGCACAUCAUCCAAAAGCUCAAGUUCACAAGCAAGACCAAGUUUAAGUCAGGCUGCUAGAGCAAAAAUCACCAAGCCUCCAGCAAAGCAGUCGAGUCUCAAGAACUUUCUCACUAGACCUGAAGAAUCAGAAAAGGUUACUGGAAGAUCUAACUCACCUUCUGUCUACACUAUAGAUGAUGAUGAUUUUAUGGAUGAUAUUUCCCUAGACGAUGAUUCCAUGAACUCCUCUGUUUCCAAAGUUUCUGCAAAUCAGUCUUCAGCAUUAAAGUUGAAAAAUGCUUCAUCAGGCAAGGUUAAAGAAUUCAAAACUCCAGGAGUUCCAGUUAGCAAGAGGCAAGAACACAGGAGUGUAGCUGACACUGUGAAACAAGAGCCACCUUUCAGCUACUUGUGCUCUUGCCAGAAGUCCUGCAGUGACAAAG